AGCUUGCACCUUUCAACUUCACUGCUUCAUUGCUUCAAAUGGUAGGGGUUCGAGGACAACCGACCUAUGGUGGAAGCAAAUCAUGGGAGGAAGACAUUUACUGGACCCAUUUCCAGUUCAUCCAUUUCACACAAUUUCUCCGCAAUGAUUUUCAUCAACAACUUGCACUUCCCAAAGCAUUUUCAAACAAUGUAAAGAAGAAGUUGCCAGAAAAUGUAACCCUUAGAGGUCCUAGUGGAGUUGUGUGGAAUGUAGGGCUGACUACUAGAGACGAUACCUUGUACUUCACGAACGGUUGGCAACAAUUCGUGAAAGAUCACUCUUUGAAAGAGAAUGAUUUCCUUGUCUUUAAAUACAAGGGUGAAUCACAUUUUGAGGUUUUAAUCUUUGAUGGAGAAAGCUUAUGUGAGAAAACAGCUUCUUAUUUUGUCGGAAAAUGUGGACAUGCUCAAACUGAACAAGGGGGUAGCAAGGCAAAGGACACAAACACAUGUGCUGAAGAAGUCAUUAAUACUGCUUCGAAUGGUGGUGUAGAAACGUUAUCAGGUGUACUUUUUGGAACUACCAAUGGAAAGACUGGUAAUGCUGGUGUCGAACCUGUUUCCCCUGAGAAAUUAACGGCUGAUGCACUCACUAAGACCACACCUAUACAGGUUCCAUUCCAACCAACUGGUAAAAGGACUGAGAAGCCUGUUAAUGAAGUUAUGCCUGUCCAGACUAAGAAGCGAGGAAGACCACCAAAAGCGGGUAAUUCUUUUGAGAGAGCACAUGAUUUGGUGGCUUGUAACAAGCAACACUCAGCAGCAGCUAUCCUGAAUAGAAGUGGGAAUGAAGACGAGGAGGAAAAGAUAGCCCAACCAUUUACCUCCUCUUUUCCAUAUCUUGUUAAAAUAAUCAGAACGUGCAAUGUCAUUAGUUCACGUACUCUGAGAAUCCCAUAUCAGUUCGGUGCUGAACAUUUCCCUGCCAGGAGAACAGAAGUUAAGCUUCGCAAUUCAAGAGGCGAAUGUUGGACUGUGAACUCCAUCCCAGAUGGUAAAGGAAGAGGAGCUCACACCUUUUGUGGGGGAUGGAUGGCCUUUGUUCGUGAUAAUGACUUAAAAGUUGGCGACGCGUGCAUUUUUGAGCUAGUUUCUAAUUAUGUGAUGCAGGUUUAUAUAUCUGGUGUUGGAAAGGAAGGUUUUGAUCAUCAAAAUGGGCAUGCUAAACUUAAUAGCGUAUAGCUAGCGACACUUUAACCUAACUGCUAACGUUCUUGUUUGUUAGACAGAUAAAUCAAUCUUCGAUGAAGCUUUUUUGUGGUAAGAGUUAGAAAAGACUAUGCAUUUGCGCAUGUCAGUAAAUUGAUGCUGUCUCGUCAGCAAAUAUAUGUCACCAUUCAUAUCCGGAUUAGUUUUAUCAUCACUAAUCAAGAUCAUAGGAUGUAGGCACUGCUUUUUGUGGAUUUGUGAUUGUCUAUAACAUUCAAUAUGCUCGUGAAAUUG